GAAAUCUUUAAUUUUAUUGGUAUCACUUUGAAAAGGAAAUCAACCAUAAAAAAUAGCUGACAAAUUAUAGUAAAGCAAUAACAAAAGAUUUGACGAAUGCAGUGAUGUAUUGGGCACUGGCCAGUGCCCACAUAUAUCCUCUGCGUCCGGGUCACACCAGAGGAAGUAGAGAAGGAGCCGAGGAAGAAAAAUGGAAGGCAGUAUUGUGUUAUACCCAAUAAUGGCAAUGGGCCACAUCGUAUCAAUGGUGGAGCUCGGCAAACUCAUUCUCCGCCACUACCACUACCACUACCGCUUCUCCGUCACUGUCAUCAUCGCAGAGGGACCUAUCCUCACCCCCGAUGUCACCGCCUUCCUUCGCCAUGUCUCGGAAACCACCUCUUCCAUUACCUUCCACCACCUCCCCUCCCUUUCCAUCAAACCUUCUCCAAAUCAAUACCGCGCAUCGAUCCAUACAGAAUUCAUUCAUCUCAACAAUUCAAAUCUCCGCAAUGCUUUUGAAACUAUCUCAAAGAUCUCCAAGGUUCGAGCCUUUAUCAUAGAUUUCUUCUCUACCCCAGCCCUCAGCGUGGCAUCAGAUCUGGGCAUCCCCACUUACUACUUCAUCGUUGGCGGUGCUGUCAUGCUCUCCUUCCUUCUCUAUCUCCCAAUCUUUCACAAACAAACCACCAAGAGCUUCAAGGAUGUACCCACCAACCAUCUCCACUGUCCAGGUUUCCCCCCAAUUCCAGCCUCAUACAUGCCAGACCCGGUGCAGGAUCGAGAGGAUCAGGUCUAUAAUGACAUCUUAGAGAUUGGUUUAAACCUACGCAGAUCAAAGGGAAUUAUGGUGAACACCUUUGAGUGUCUUGAGUCUACAUCGAUCAAAGCCAUCACUGAUGGGCUCUGCGUACCAGAUGCUCCAACCCCACCUGUUUACUGCAUUGGACCAUUGAUAGCCACCCGUAAGCAUGAGGGUGAAGCUGUAAAUCAGUGCAUGUCAUGGCUUGAUGGACAACCGAGUCAAAGCGUCGUGUUCUUGAGUUUUGGAAGCCGAGGUGUGUUUUCGACAGCGCAGGUUAGGGAGAUCGCUAUUGGGUUGGAGAAGAGUGGGCAGAGGUUCUUGUGGGUUGUGCGGAAGCCGGUCUCUGAGGACAAUAGCAAACACUCCUCUGUGGAAAUUAAAGACCCAGAUUUGGAUGCCCUGUUACCGCAAGGCUUCUUGGAUAGGAACAAGGAGAGGGGUCUUGUGGUUAAAUCAUGGGCACCACAAGUUGAAGUGCUGAGUCAUAAGUCGGUUGGUGGGUUCGUGACUCAUUGUGGAUGGAACUCGGUAUUGGAAGCGGUGAUUGCAGGGGUGCCUAUGGUGGCGUGGCCUCUGUAUGCUGAGCAGAGAUUGAACAAGGUAUUUUUGGUGGAAGAGAUGAAGUUGGCAAUGCCAAUGGAUGUAUCAGAAGAUGGGUUAGUGAGUGCUGCAGAGGUUGAGAAAAGGGUGACAGAGUUGAUGGAAUCGGAAGAAGGGAGUGUGCUUAGAGAACGGAGUAGGAAGAUGAAGGAAGAGGCCAUGACUGCGUGGACGGAGUGUGGUGGCUCUUCUAUGACUGCUUUCCAAAAGGUGGCUGAAUCAUGGAUCAAUAACCCGUAAGUAACACUCGGGAUGGCGAAUCAAAGAAUUCCUUUCGUUUGAAAAUCUACAAAUGAGUAGAAAAUAAAUAAAUAUUUCCAUUUGCUGC